AUGGAAAAAACUAAUAUUUCUCAUAUACUUCAUCAACUUAAACAAGAUUAUCUUAACACUGCUCAAUCCUAUUUGUCCAGUGUGAAUUUUGGAAAGAAUUAUGAUAAUGAUCAACUUUUAGCUGAUAUCGGAUCAGUGACAAUAGCAACGACUCAAACAGGUUAUCCAAGACAAACUGAGCGCACAUAUCAUCCGCAAGUACCAGCACGUCGAUACAUGGAUACAAAUGCCUUUAACUCAUAUGAAAAAAAACAUUCGAAAAAUUCGUCGCCUGAUGAUCAAUAUUCAUCAGUGAAGAGAAGAAAACACAAAACACGACAUCGUGUUCAGCCAUCAUCAACUAUUGAAAAUGAAUAUGAUCGUGAACAAAAAGAAGCAUUAAAACAAAAACUUUAUUUAACUAAAGAAAUAAAUAUUGAAGAUCUUUCUUGCAAUGAAAUUCAAAAUAUUGAAUCAAAACUUCCCGAACAGAUUCAAGAUUUAUAUACAACAAUUAAGAUUAUUAUUGCUUGCCGUGAUCCAACAAAACAAACAUUAUUACCUGAAGCUUUUUUUCAACAGUCAAAUGAUAUUUUAGGUAAUAAUUUUAAAUUAAAUCAAGAUGAUUAUAACAAAUCUAAUAAUCAUUUUAAUACUAACGCUGAUCAAGAUCUAAUCAAUUUAAUGCAUAAUGAUCAGUCACUUAAUGAUUCAUUUUCUAAAUUCAUUCAAAAUCUUCCAAAAGAAACUCAAUCGAAUGCAGCAUUCUAUAAAAAUUAUCUAUCUUUAUCAAAUAUUCCAUCUGAUUCUAUUCAAAUUCGAUCUCAAUUUUUUUAUAUUUUAAAGAAAUUCAUUGAAAAAAGUCUUCCAAUAGUUGAUCUUAGUUUACCAUUAAGACAAAGUUUUUUCACUGAUCAAAUUCGAAUAAUAAAAUCUUACUUAUUAUCGUCAACAAAAUUUCAAUUAUUAGCAAAAUCUUUAGAAAAAACCGAAGUUGAAUAUAAUGGUGAUUGGAAUAUAGUUAAUUUUGAUAUAAUUAAAGCUAAUUCAAAUAGUGACAACAGUGAAAAUACAAUGCUCUAUCAAGCUUAUCAACAAUUGCAUACAAAUGCUCAUAUCACAUUUCGACGAUCGAAUGAACAACUUUGGCAUGCACAAUAUAUUGGAAUGCAUAGUACUGACCAUGGUAGACUAUAUCGUGAUUCAAUAACUCGUAUUUAUUCGGAUAUAUGUUCUUCACGAUUAUCAUUGUUUAUUUUAUACCCAAAUGGACGUAUGAAUAGCGAUUUAAAUCGAGAUUGUUGGAUUCCAAAUGUUUUUCCACCUAAUAAAUCAAUUUCAAAUAAAUAUAAAACACUAUCGUUUUGUUGGACAAUUAUUUGGCAUCAAGUUCGCGUUUGGAUGGAUGUCAAAGGUGGAAUGGAAGAGCAUCUUCUUGACAGCAUGGCUGCAGCAGUUCAAAAUUCAGCAGUUGUUGUCUGUUUUCUUACUCAAAAAUAUCAAGAUUCACAAAAUUGCAAGGAAGAAUUCAAAUAUGCGCGAAAGAAAAAUAAGCCAACUAUUCCUUGUAUAAUCGAGGCUGGUUGGAAACCAGAAGGUUGGCUUGAUAUGGGUGUCAGUGACUUACUAUAUAUUGAUUUCAACAAGAUCAAGGAAAAUUCGAGUAAUUUCGAAGAUAAAUGUGAAGAACUGCUUAAAAAAAUUAAACAACUGGCAAAAACAAAUGAUUAUUUUAGAACUGAAGAUGAAGAUGAAGCAUCGAUCGAUAAUCAAGAAGAUGAUGGUACUGCUGUGGAACCAACUGAUGAACCGAAUUAUGAUGUGACCAGUGUCGAUUAUGCCUCAAAAAUAUCACCAAAUAUACGUGAAGGUCCAGAAAUAGAGACAACAAGUUUCGAUCCAUCGACGAUCAACAAAGAUCUUUGUGAAGGUGAUUCAGUCGUGCGUCUCAUGAGAACAGGGGGUGUUAAAGAUCGAAAAAUUUAUGCAAAUCAAGAACUAUUUGCGCAUGAUGGUAAAUUUCUCAAUUAUUUUUUCAUACCAAAAUUAGUAUUUCAAAAUACAAGUAAAGAACCAAUAUCGGUCAUUGAAAUUACUAGUGAACAUCAGAAUUCUGAGGGCAAUUGGCUUGAUUGUUAUGGUGUAAAAAUUGGUCCAGCAAUAUCAGAUGAAAGUGAAUCAUAUACGUGGCUUCCCGAUACAACAUUGAAUUUGGAACCGUCAAAACUAGUAACAUAUGCUUUACGUGUCGAUGUGCAAAUUCACGGAGAACCAGGAUUGAAUAAUCAACGGAGAGCACGAGCACAUUCAAUAUUACCACAACCAUUCAAAAUACGUCUUCGUGUACACGAUACCGAAGGUAAAACAGUUAGUCUACUUGUAGAACAAAUCAACGAUCCACUGAUUCUACCAACAAAAGCAAGAAUAGUGAAACAAUUUAAUUACGAAGACGUCGUUGCAUUUAUCUAUGCGGAUGAUUGUAAUACUAAUACACGAUAUUGGGUUAUUGUUCAUUAUGAAGAUAAGUCAAAACUUCGAUUGAGCUAUGGCAAUUGUUUACAUGGUAGUACAACAAAAUAUUUAGAUACAUGGCUUAUAAGUGAGCUUUGCAAUCAAGCAAAGCAGACAGAUACAACUGAAAUCGUGCUUGAUGAUUGGAAUGAUAAUGAGAGAACAAUUACAGCUUUAUUUGAUAAAAUCACGUUUAUUCUAUUUGCCAUGCGUAUUGAACUAAAAACACCAACAUCAAGAACAGUAGAAACAGUACUAUUACCACUCGAUAAAAUCAAAGAAAGAUUUGUUAUUGCGAAACAAGAGCCCGAAGUUCAUCGACCCUUAGGGACAACUGCCUUUGUUAGUGGCGGCGAUUUCAGUCAAACAGAUGAUUGA